ACGGAAGGAAAGAUUUCUUUUCAUUUUUUUCCCUCCCUCCCCGUUCGUCCAAGCAGGCCGACUCGUUAAUCGAUUUUUACGAGUGGGACCGUGCUUUCUCCGCCCCCUGUCCUCUCCUCCUCUCUCUGAACAAAGAGCGGAGCUUCUCUGCCCGCGAAAGCGCGGUCGACGCGCUUUUGGUUUGGUUGGUGGGUUGGAGUGCCUAGAGAUCAUAAUAAUCAAGGAAAGAGAACGACCACCUUUAGCACCGGUCUUCUGUUGGCAUUCCACCAUUCAUUAGAACAUCCAAAACCAAAACAGCAAGUAAAGGACGAUGGUAUCACCUUUGGUGUUGUCCAAGCCCGUCACAUUUGUCACUGGUAAUGCAAAGAAGUUGGAGGAGGUCAAAGCCAUUUUGGGUCACUCUGUCCCUUUCCAAUCCUUGAAGCUAGACUUACCUGAGUUGCAAGGAGAGCCUGAAGAAAUCUCCAAGGAAAAGGCUCGUUUAGCAGCAAACGAGGUAAAGGGGCCUGUACUUGUUGAAGACACCUGCCUCUGUUUCAAUGCACUAGGUGGCCUCCCUGGGCCAUAUAUCAAAUGGUUCCUGCAAAAGAUUGGGCAUGAAGGUCUGAACAAUCUUUUGAAAGCUUAUGAUGAUAAAUCAGCUUAUGCACUAUGUGCAUUUUCUGUUGCACUUGGCCCAAAUUCUGAACCACUUACUUUUAUUGGAAAGACUGAGGGGAAAAUCGUGCCUCCAAGGGGUCCACCAGAUUUCGGUUGGGAUCCCAUCUUCCAACCUGAUGGCUUUGAGCAGACAUAUGCAGAGAUGUUGAAGGAAGAAAAAAAUAGGAUCUCACACCGCUCCAAGGCACUUGAAUUAGUGAAAUCUCAUUUUGCCACUGCCAAUUAUGUGUUCCAGACAGAUUGACCGGGGAGGUGCAACAUAUCCCGAUAUAUGAAGUUUAUCUGUUCCCCAUCAAUUAACAGUUUUCCCUUCCGUGACAUUGAAAAAGAUGGUGUAAGAUGCAUUACAUUUUAAUAGUCUAAGAAAGGCCAUUGCAUCUGCAAUACACAUCAUUAUGUUUCUUU